AUGGGCUUGAUUGGGAGGUCAGGGUCGGGCAAGACGACGCUCCUCGAUGUGUUGGCCAACCGCGGCCUGCGAGGCGGUGCCCGCGCGAGCGGGACACUCCUCAUCAAGGGCAACGUCGCCGCCUCGGUCGACCCUGCCAGGAUCAGCGAGGCUGUGCGGUACUGCCAGCAGGUCGAGCUGCUCCCCGAGAACCUCACGGUGAUGGAGUUCCUCGCAUUCCACGUGGCCAUACGUUCGCUCAACUUCGACCCAGCCGCAGCGAGGCUCCAAGCCAGAGCGCACGCCCCAAAUUUCGGCCUCGGGAACCUUGUGGACAAGCCCAUCUCGAUGCUCAGUGGCGGGCAGAAGAAGAGGGUCGCAGUGGCCAUGGAGAUGAUCAAGCCCUCGCUGCUGUGCAUCUUCGACGAGCCCUUCAGCGGCCUCGACAGCAACACCACGUUCCAGCUCUUCAGGAACGUCAAGGCCUCGCUGCGCAGAAACGGCUCUGCCAGCAUCAUGACGCUCCACACCGUCACGCCGCAGGUGUUCGACGAGCUCGACCUGGUCAUGAUGCUGCAUGGCGGGCGCCAGGUGUUCUUCGGCUCGCCCGAGCAGGCGGCCGGCUACUGCGCCUCGGAGCUCGGGAGGCCCAUCCCGCCCGGCUGGACGGCCAGCGACCAUUUCCUCAAGGCGGUGUACGACCUCGAGGAGGCAAAGCCUGGGCACGCCGCCGAGUGCUCCGCGACCUGGAAGGAUCGACUCGAUCGCACUGCGGCGGCGUCCGCGGACGCGGAGGCGCUGCCCUGCCAGAAGGUCUCGGCCAGGAGGCAGUUCCAGCUCCUGCUGCGCCGGGAGCUGAUGCAGGAGCUGCCCGUGGUGCUCAGCCUUCACCAGCUGGCGCAGUACGCCGCGAUCUCUCUCAUCGUCGGGUGGCUGUACUUCGGAGUCGCGAGCGGGACGAAGCAGAGGGAUCUGCGUGAGUCGGUCUCCCUGUGCUUCUACACCACGACGCUGUGGACCUUCACGCCGCUCUAUGGCGCCAUCAUGCGGACGCGCUUGCGGCUCCAUCGGGUCGAUGCCGAGCUGAAGAAAGGGAUCUUGACGGUGGGGCCCUUCGCCGCCGCGACAUCUGUUGUGGACGUGGUCCUCCACAGCAUCUGGCCGACGCUCUACGGCGUGGUAGUCUUUGCCAUGACGGACUCUGGCCAAGACCCGGUAUCUUUCUUCAAUAUGGUCGUGCUUGUGGUGCUUUGCGCUGUCACCUACCAGAGCCUCGGCGUGCUGAUCUCAGUCCUAUUGCCCGACGUCGAUGCUGCGAUGGCCCUCGCCACUGCGUUUGCCCAGACGACUCUGGUCGCGGGCGGCUUCUACCGCACGAUGCCUCAUUCUAUCGCGUGGUAUGGGUCCGUCAGCGUGACCACCUAUGCGUUCCGGGGCCUCCUUCGAGCCAGCCUGUCAUGGAUGAACACGUACGAGUGCCACCCGAACGUCAUGGGAGAUACAAGGGCGGGCCAGUCGUCGUGCUUCAUUGAGAUGUCCGGCAUCAUCGACGACCUGCGCUUGCGGGGAAUCGAGGUGGCCACAUCUCCAGUGGACGCUACGCCCCUGCUGGAACAGACCGUGCUCGUUCUGUUCCUGGUAUUCAGCCGCAUUCUCGCUUACUUUGUCUUGCGCUGGCGGCUCCGGCGCUCCUACACGAACUGGUCGUGA